UCCAGCUCAAGCAGCACAGAAGGGCCUGCAAGUAGAACUACCAAAGAAUCCAGCUCAAGCGGCACAGAAGGACCAGCAAGUAGCACUACCCAAGAAUCCAGCUCAGACACGACAGAAGGACCAGCAAGUAGCACUACCCAAGAAUCCAGCUCAAGCAACACAGAAGGACCAGCAAGUAGCACUACCCAAGAAUCCAGCUCAAGCAACACAGAAGGGCCAGCGAGUAGCACUACCCAAGAAUCCAGCUCAGGCAGCACGGAAGCUCCAAGUACCACUAGCACAAAGGGAUCAUCCUCAGACACCACAGAAGGACCAGCUAUUAGCACCAUCCCAGACUCCAGUUCUAGCGCCACAGAGGGGCCUGCCGGUAGCACGAGUCAAGAAUUUACCGUAAGCAGCACAGAAGGACCUGCAAGUAGAACUACUCAAGAAUCCAGCUCAAGCAGCACAGAAGCUCCAACAAGUAGCAGUACCCAAGAAUCCAGCUCAAGCAACACAGAAGGUCCAAGUACAACUAGUACAAAGGAAUCAUCCUUAGACACCACAGAAGGACCAGCUAUUAGCACUACCCCAGAAUCGAGUCCUAGCAGCACGAAAGGACCAGCUAUUGCCACUACCCAAGAAUCCAGCUCAAGUAGCACAGAAGGACCAUCCAGUAGCACUACCGAAGAAUCUACUUCAAGUAGUACUGAAGGACCAGCAAAUAGCACUACAAGAUCCACAACAUCUAGCGGUUGUUCAUGCGCUACUGCCGAACCUAGUACUACUGAAUCACCGCGGGAUAUGUGGUAUGCAUCUUUAAUGCACUGUCUAAGAAAUCAUGAUUUUGAUGUAAUUCCAAUUGUCAAUGGGCGCAAGAUAGUUUUCAUCUUAGAACAAUGUCUAUUUAACGUUGGUACACUGCAACAGUUAUUAGCGAAAGGCUCGAACGAGGUAUCAUAAUUUUCAUAAUUAUGAUAGUGAACAAAUGAGAAUUUGUAAUUUAUAUACAAGCCAGGGACAAUGUUGCUACAACGAGCAUUGAAGGAAAUAUCAAUUUAUUCCUAACUGAAGUCAAUGGAAGAAUCGAAGUUUGCACAAUAAUUUCUAAAAUAUAUUAGGUCAGUCCAUAAAUUGGUUUGUUCCUCUAUACUAUAAUCGUUAAUAAAAAAGAAGAUAUGAUACAAUUUGUCUUA